AAUAAUAAAAAAUCAGACAUUGGAAGGGCACUCAACGAAAAAAAUUUUGCUUUUAUAUUAAAAUGCUUUUGCAUAAAGUAAAAAUAUACAUAUUUUAACAAGCUAAUGCUGGCCAAAUGUUAAUGUGAUCUUUGUUUUUUAAAAUGAAGAAUAUUGUUGUAAUACUGAGCUUUAUUUGCUACAUCGCCUCGAUCUCGAGCAGCGCCCAGCAAUUAGCAUCCCCACCGAACAUCAUUCUAAUUCUGAGCGAUGAUCAGGAUAUCGAGUUGCACGGCAUGCAUCCGCUUCAACAGACAAUGCAAUUGUUUAACAUGUUUGGUAGCCAGUUUACACAUGCAUUUACCACCUCUCCCAUUUGCUGUCCGUCGAGGGCAAGCCUUUUAUCGGGUCAAUAUGCCCACAACCACAAGACGUUCAACAAUUCAUUGAAUGGUGGUUGCAAUGGUCAGCAUUGGCGUGAAAAAUUCGAGCCUCGAGCAUUGCCUGUACUAUUGCAACAGCACAACUAUCAAACAUUCUAUGCUGGGAAAUAUUUAAAUCAGUACAAGGGUGCUGAAGUUCCGCCUGGUUGGCAAGAAUUUCAUGGACUUCAUGGCAACUCACGGUACUACAACUAUACACUGCGAGAAAAUGCACAAAACGUCAGCUACACGGACACAUACUUAACCGAUCUUCUAACAGAGCGCGCAGCUAACUUUAUUCGAAAUGCAAUUCAAAAAAAACCGGUAAAACAACCAUUUUUUGCAAUGAUUGCUCCACCAGCUGCACAUGAACCUUUUACACCAGCUCCACGUCAUGCCGGUUCAUUUGCCGAUGUUUAUGCUUUGCGUACACCCAGCUUUAAUGUUCCACACAAAGAUAAGCACUGGCUCGUUGGGUCAUCCAAACAUCUGUCAAAUGCUGCAGUCUCCACUAUAGAUACAUAUUUUCAAAAGCGAUGGGAGACACUUCUUUCAGUGGAUGAGAUGAUGACGACUUUGGUGGCUGUGCUGAACGAAACGCAGAGCCUUACAAAUACCUAUAUUAUAUAUACUUCGGAUAAUGGAUAUCACUUGGGUCAAUUCGCACAGCCAUUCGAUAAACGACAGCCUUACGAGACUGACAUCAAGGUGCCUCUGCUCGUAAUGGGCCCAGAUGUGCCCAAGAACCAAUUAAUACACAUUCCGGUUAGCUUAUUGGAUCUUGCGCCUACUAUAUUGGAAUGGGCAGGCAUUUCAGUUCCUGAUUAUAUGGAUGGUAGAUCCUUUAAGGAAGAAUUAGUUGCAGCAAAUAAGAAUUUGACUUUGCAAACGACGAUGCAUGAACGCACUUUACUUAUCGAAUAUUGGGGUGAAGGCAAUGACGAAACAUUUAAUCCGUUGUGCCCAUGGCAACGAAAAGACCAUUUAUCCCAAUGUUCUCCAGUUGCUGAAUGUCAUUGUCAAGAUGCUUGGAAUAAUACAUACGCUUGUGUUCGUGAUUUCCGGUACAAUCUCGAUCGUAUUUAUUGCGAGUUUCAGGACACCGAGCAUUUUGUGGAGGUUUAUGAUCUAUCAGAGGAUCCUUAUCAACUGACAAAUAUUGUGAAUGAUAUACUCCCAAUUGAACAAGCCACAUACAGUAUCCUGCUCGAUAAACUUAGGAAAUGUGCUGGUAAAAAAUGCAGUGAGUAAAUUUCAGAUCAGGGUUGCAAGCCCCGAUGAUUGUGGAUUGAGUUUAUUCGGCUUUUUGACCUCAAUUGCGAAUCAACAGCUAUGGUUGGGUUCAUGAAACGGUUUUUAGAGCAAACUUUUUUUUUAUAAAAAUAUUUUCUAUAAAUCUUUAGUAUCUCUCAAAAAAAAUUGGAGACUAUUAUAUCGUUAUCACUUAAAAUUUUGGUAAGAGGAUUGAUGGAAAGUGCCGAUAUGACAAUUGCAAAUACGACAGCAGUGAGGCCUACAACGAUGGUAAAAAGAAAAAUAAAGAUGUAGAUUUUAUUUGUCAGGUUUAUUGCCUGGCCUAUUAGAAUUGCUGUGAUGACGAAGAAUGCUAUUUAAAGAUGGUUGCAAUAUUAAAUUGGAAACAAGUUGCCAUAAAUAAUGGAUUAACGAAUCGUCUAUAUCAUAAUAUAUUGUAAGGUUAUUCAAUUCAUAUAUACUUUUUUACUACGAGAGAGAAAGAGUUUACAAUUGAAUAAAUUUUAAUAUUUAUGUAUGUAUAUGUACACCAUAACGUGAAUAAAUGUAUUCAACUC